AUGGUGACGCGCACGCAGGCCAUGGAGGCCAAGGAGCUGGCGUUCCUAAAAGGCAUCGCCGCCCAGCACCCCCGCAACAACCUGCCGCCGAUCGUGUCGCCGUUCGUAGGCGUCUUCCAAACAUUGCUGCGUCGCACCACCGGUCUCUCGCUUCUCUGCCUUUGUGGCGUCGCCGCUGGCCUCGCCUAUCUGCACACAGCGUCGGCGUUCAGCAUUUAUAUUCCGCGCUGGCUUUUGCUCGUGCUCUUGCUGCUGCUAAUCGUAUUGGGCAUCACGCCGUUCCUUGGCUACAAAGGCGCGGCGUCGGCCAACUGGUCGUACUUGACUUUGUUUGAGCGGGCGCUCGCCGGGUUCCUCGUAGGCCUCUGCCUCGGCAUCUAUGCCCUCGAGCUCUUCCAUCACGAUAUGGAAAACGCGCUCAUGACGUACUCGAACGAGACGCACGCGUACACAGUCUAUCGACCGAGUCUCUUCUUGAACGACUCGGACGCGACGCCGCCACUCAACAUCACGUCGUUUGUCCAAGCCGAGUUUGGCAAGGUCCUCCUCGAGUUUCUCCAAGGCCAGUUUGAAACCAUGUUUCCGCAAAACAGCAACAGCAACACAACUUCCGGUAGUCAUGCUAUGAGUCUACCGACCAUCCUCGCGCCGACCAAUGCGACCACUGACGACCACGCGUUUGCAAUCACCGACCCGCUUCCAUGGCUCUCGUACCAAGCCAAUGCUCUGCUAAAUCCGCCGCCUGUCACCGAGACGCCCGAGUGGAUGAAGACGUGGGUGCACGACGUGUGCUUGCCAGCGUUGCCCGUAAACGCCAGCUACUUGGACGGGAACGUUGUCGUGCCCAUGGACCCGACGUUUGCGUCGUGCUUACGCCCGAUUCUGAGCAUGCUUGUGGACGCCACCUAUGUGCUUCAAGUCGCGCUUCUCUCACUAAGUGCUCUCUUACUACUCGAAUGGACGGCGCUGCUUCUACUCAAGUGGCUUGAUCCGACAUGUCCCACGACUGCGAUUGCCACCGCGACCAAGAAGGUGGCGGCAUCGUCCGGGUCGGUUGUUCACCUUCUUCACGUGCUCUUGAUUCUCUUUGGCCUUUGUGCACUCGGGGUCUCGGCAGCCCUUCUCUACACCGUGGCCCUCGAUGUGUCCUCUAUGCACGGCCGCCCUAUUGACACGUCCCAUAUCAUUGUGUGGUCGUUAACCGGCGCGUUUCUUGUCUACAGCAUGAGUGUGACGGUCGCGGGUCUUCUCGGUUGCUCGCCCCGCUUUCGCCGCGCUCAGACACGUGCGCUUCUUCUGACGUUCUUGCUGCAAUCGGUCUCGAUUGCCGUGCUUUACGUCGUGCAUACAGACACGAAAACGAUCAUUCGUCAAGAUUUGCACGACGACGGACGAUGGCAUCAAGUGUACGUCCAUGCGCUGCUGCAGUACAUCCUCGACGGGUUCCAGCGCUCGCACUCAACGGUGCUCCUCGACUUUCUCGAGAACGAGUGCCAGCUCUCAAUGACGACGAUCGACGACAUGAGCGACACGUGCAAGCUGACGGUCGCCACGAUGCUCAACGAGUAUGUGCACGGUUUCCUGUGCGUUUUCAUCGGGCUCUGGGGCAUUGAACUCGCGCUCUUUUUCAAAAAUGUCUAUGUCCUCUACCUUCGAGCGUGGGGGCGCCGUCUCCUCGGCAAAAAACCCGGCGAGAAGCGCGCUCGCAAGCUGAAGCCGCACGCGACAAGCCAUGUGUCCGAGUCUCUCAAAGAAGCUUCGUUGCCCUUUGCAUCGGCGCUGACCUUGUACCUCCAUUCGGUACCGGCGGGAGGCAAUGCCAACGCCGCCAAGCACGCGUUUACGUCCGAGUGGCUGUCGAGGACAGGCGCCAGCAGCGUGCACGACUCGGAGAUGGUAUUGACCAGUGAGUUCGAGUCCAUUGUGCGCGUUCUCGUCCUUGAACGCCUUGUUACCGUGUGUGGUCUCGAGGUCAGCGUGUCCAUCUCCAAGGAUGGCAAGAAAAUGUACUUAAAGCUCUCGGCGUCGCGUCGGUUAGUUGCCAUGGAAGCUGAGCGGCGCAAGUACAAGCUGCCGUUCCAAGACGCGGUGGACCCGGGCCCGACGUUCUGGACGCCGCGUGAAGUCGCUACCGACCGCCGCGUCUACGAUCCGCAGACAGCAAAACAAAAGCUGUGCUCGCUCUACGGUCGCAACCUGCUCUUGGCGACCGAGAAUCAGUUUUUUGCCCACGAGUCGCUGGCACAGAUUGCGCGCCGUAUCAACGUGCACCAGCGGGCGGCCGACUUGGCCGACGACCCGCCACUGCCGCCAGGACAAACAAAGACGAAGAAAAAAAUUGUCAAAAAGCCCGCACGCGUGCCGUACAUGUACCCGACGUAUGGCGCGUACUACAAGAAGCCGAGUCUCCAGUACCUCUACAAGCGUCAUCCCAACCAGCUCGACUUGCCGACGGUCGAGACGUCGCCGUCAGUGUUUCAAACCACCGACAUUCUACGGCUCGUCGACCGCAUCGUGCAAGACGAGAUCGAUACGACGGCCAUGGUCGACGCCGGUGUCCUCGAGGCAUAUUCGUGUCUGCACGCAGCGAGUCGCUUUGAAUGGACCAAUCUCGAGAGUCUCAAGACGCAGUGGCUCACGUACUGGCGGCCGCGGCAGCUCCCGGGCGAGCCAGAUCCUGACACGGCGUACUUUCGCAACUUUUUCUACCGGAUUUACCCGUUCCGCCAACCGCUCACGGCCGUGCGCGAGUACUAUGGCGAGCAGAUCGCCUUGUAUUUUCUCUGGCUCGGCUUUUACGCCCAGUGCCUCCUCCUGCCCGUUGUUUUUUCCCUUGUGUACAUUAUUGUAUGGCACAAGGGCGACUACCACGGGUAUGCGACGUACGUUGCAACGACAACGAAUGGCACCUCGCACAUCGAGUGCACGCUCGACGCCACGUACCUCGGGCUGUGCAUCUUGCUCUGGGCGUUCGGUUACGCCAAGCUCUGGCAGCGCAAGCAGCAUUUAACGACAGUGGCGUGGGGCAUGGAUGGCUACGUCGAAGAGCAGCAAGUGCGCCCAGCGUUCUACGGCAUUUCAGAGCAGCGCAACCCCAUCACCAACGAAAUCGAGCGCUUCUUUCCAACCCACCGUCGCGUGCAACUGCAAGCGGUGUCGUUGGCCGUGAUCGCCGCCGUCCUCUGGGGCUACUACCUGGUCAUGGUGUCCCUCUACAGCCUCCAGCCGACCUUUGUGCGCGUUGCGGGGCCCUUCUACGGCACGACGCUCGUGUCGAUAUGCCAAGUCGGCGUCGUCAAUCUGUGCGCCAAACACACGUCGCGGAUGGCGUACUGGCUCACGGAGAAGGAGAAUUACAUGACGCAGUCCGAGUACGAAGCCAAUGUUGUCCUCAAGAUCUUUUUGAUGCAAGGCAGCAUCUUCUACUCGGCGCUGCUGUUUACGGCCUUUCUCAAGCACCAAACCCUCGGGUGCUACGACGUGUCGACCAUGGUCUUUGGCUCACCAUCAACCACAAGCGCACUCGACUAUGGUCCAACAAGCAACUGCCUCCCCGAGGUCGAGAACCUCUUGUUGUGCCUCUUUCUCUAUCGCAUGGGAAAGAACGCGCUGCAAAUUGCGCUGCCGCUGCUAAGGUACCUUCGGAGCCUCGGCACCAAGGUCGACGACGAGGGCAUUGACGACGUCGAGGCCGAGCUCGCGCUCGCGCCGCUGGAAAAUCUGUACGAAGACUAUGCCGAGAUCGUGGUUCAGUUCGGUCUCUUGACGCUCUUUAUCUUUGUCGCGCCGAUCGCACCGAUCUUGGCGUUUCUAGAGAGCGCGAUUCAGCUGCGCUUGGAUGCGUUCCACCUCUGCUGCACGAUGCGACGGCCGCUGCCGAUGGAGGCCGAAGACAUCGGCACGUGGUUCACGUACAUCAUGCUACUCUCACGGCUCUGUAUCCUGACGAACCUCGGGUUUCUCUUCUUUGCCGCGUCCAACUUUGCCGACUUUGCGCCCCACGAACGCAUGACGAUGUACCUUUUAUGUGUCGCGCUCGGCCUCGUGCUCUUCGAGUGCGCGUGGUUGGCGGUGCCCGGCGAGCCGGCGCUCAAGCAAGAGCUGUUGGCGCGCCACGACUUUGUUCGUCAAAAGUACUUUUUUGCGCCGUCGGCCGCGUCAAAUGCGUUAACACCCGAGAAACCAUUGACGACGACGUCCGAGCUUAUGGCGUCGGUCCAGGCGUACAGCGCCGACACGCUGCAUGCGCUCCACGCGCGCGCCGAACUUCUCGACAAGUUCAACCACCUCUUUGCACCAAUAUCGACGACGACGACGACGGUGCCUUCCUCGCCGCCACUGGGGACGGCGUCGGCGGACGAUUUGCGCGAUACCAAUUCGCUACAGCGCACGUCCUCCGUGGCGUUGGCACCGCUAGACCUCUCCGGCAUUGACGCGAUCCGCGAAGCUGUUCGACGAAGCGAAGAGUCCUUCUUGGAUGACGAUGCACCUGACUGGUACUUUGCGCCGACAAGACGCGCGCCACCGCCUUGGAGCCGCCGCGAGUCGUCUCUCCAGCGGCAUCGGUCCAACGCCCUCUCCUUUAUGGACGAAGAAGCCAACGAAGAGGCCAGCGCAUGCGACGACAACGAGGACGACGACCCUUAUGUGUUUGAGGACGACGACGACGACCUCGUGGAUCUCAUGUAA